AUGGGACCUUUAGAGAAACUAUUCUGCCUUUUUUCCUUAGUCCUGUUUGUUGCACUCUUUUCUUCAACCAUUAAUGUUGCUUCUGCUUCUGCUGAAGAAGCUAAUGCUAUCCUCACAAGGAAAGCCAGCCUGCAAAGUGCAGAUGAUUCCCUGCUAACUUCAUGGGUCCUUCCAGUCCAUGAUAGUGGCUCAACAAAUGCCAGUCCCUGCAAUUGGUUUGGAGUUUCUUUCAACCUUGAUAGAAGCGUCCUUAGAUUGAACCUCACAAGUUCAAGUGUAAAUGUUGAACGGCUCAAUUCCUCAAAUGAGCUUGUUUUGUACACCAAUAGUCUUUUAGGUCCCAUUCCUACUUCUUUAUCCAAUUUGAGAAACUUGACUCGUCCAUAUCUCUAUGGAAAUGAUCUUUAUGGUUCCAUUCCUCCUGAAAUGGGAAACCUAGUCAAUCUUGUUAAGCUCUACACGGAUGGCAACAAUCUCACAGGUCUUAUUCCUUCCACAUUGGAAAACUUGAAUAACCUAACUGUGUUGCACUUCUUCAACAAUUCCCUAUCUGGUUCCAUUCCCCAAAAGAUAGGACAGUUGAAAUCACUCCAGAGCCUAACCUUUCAAACCAACAAUCUUACUGGCUCAAUCCCAACAUCUUUAGAAAAUUGGGGAAUAUUUCCAAAUUUGACACUCAUAAAAAUAGCAAGAAAUAACAUCACUGGUGGUAUUCCACUAGGGUUUGGAAAGUUAACACGGCUAGAACAACUUGAUUUAUCUUCAAAUCGUUUCAUUGGGGAGAUCCCAAAGGAAUUUGGAAAGUUGACUUCUUUGGAGUGGCUAAUUUUGGCUGAAAAUCAGCUGUCGGGUUGGAUACCUCAAAAACUCAAAUCACUAACUAAGUUGUCAAAACUUGAUCUAUCCACAAACAAAUUUAGUGGGCCAAUACUAGUUUAUGAGUACCUUGAAAGAGGUAGUUUGGCUGCAAUUUUCAACAAAGAUGACGAAGCUAAAGAAUUGGAUUUGCCUAAGAGGGUGAAUAUUAUUAAGGGUGUAGCAAGCGCUUUGUCAUACAUGCACCAUGAUUGCACACUGGCCAUUGUUCGCCGAGACAUUUCCAGCAACAAUGUCUUGAUUGAUGAGGAGUACGAGGCUCGUGUUUCAGACUUUGGCACUAUCAAGCUUUUGAAGCUAGAUUCCUCUAACUGGAGUGCAUUUGCAAGCACAUACAGCUAUGUUGCAGAAG